UGUAAUGUCCCUGUUUUUCUUCUUUCCAGACCCCGUGAUGCCACCGCCGCGGAGUGUUUGGAAUCGUUAGCAGCGGGCCUGGAAAAAUGGCCUCGAUCUUGGGAGACGGGACGGGCCCCGGGGGCUCGGGGCCCUCCCGAUGCCUCUUGCUUCUACAAAGGUCGCUGGCGAUUCAGCUGACCAGGGGUCCGCCCCCUCAGAUUCUGAACGCCAGCCAGCGGGACAGUCCAAAGGAGCACCCAGCCGACGAGAUGUGGAUGUACGACAAAGGUUACAAUUUGUUUCAGAGCUUCUUAGAGGCGAACUCAAAGUGCUGGUGGAACGCAGCCUUGGUGGACGCAACCCGACAACUCAGGUACAAGGGUCACGUGUCACCUGGCGUGCUGAUGGUCGGCGGACCACCCUGUGCCCUCGAGGUCUUGAGGGCAGCCUGGGCUCGAAACGUCCUACGACCGCCGGCCGAUCACGCGAUAACUUGUCUCAGCGACAUCGAGGAUUGUCUGGUCGCCCCGGUGGCCCAAGGGCAAUUCACACCUCUGUCGGAAGCUCUUUGUUGGGCCAUUUUGGAGUUAACUUCGCAGAGGCAGGCUGCCACGCUCGACACGCUCCGAUCCGCCCUGAAGAACGCGUUCCCGGCGAUGCAGAGACCGAGCCGCGAAUUGGUCUACGACGCCCUGGCGAAACUCAUGCAGGAACGAAAGAUUUAUCACACGUCGCAAGGUUACUUCGUCGUCACGCCCGAGACCAGGAGACUCAGGCGCGACUCCAGCAAUUCUAGGAGAUGUUCCAGAGAGGUGAACGGGUCGAGAGGUCAGGGUAGCAUGCUCAUGUCCAACGACGAGGCGAUGGCGCUUGUGCACGGCGAGAUGCUAACACUGAGGGACGGCGACGUGACGCAUCAAGCCGUGCAGACGAAUCUCGCUGACGUUAUUUGCGGAGGUAACCCCAACGACAAGGUUCUGUUCGCAAGAUGUCGAUCGAUGCCAGGUCGCCUCGAGAGGCGACAUUCUCUGCGACUUUGGGGAUCGGCCAGACGCUUACACAGAAGCGGAAGUUCACGGUCUCUGCCAAGAAGGCCAGAAAGAAGCGACACAUCGUCGAGCGCGGAAUACGCGAGCACCGACAGCGCGCCCCAUAGUCCAACCAGUUUCUCCGGCAUUUUUUCAGAGAAAAUAGGCCUACUCUCGAGGCUGUUCCGGCGAAGCACACGGAGGAAGGGUGCCCCGUUAAUGGGCACGUUCAGCGCUCAGUAUCCUCCUACCGAGUGGUUCAAUCCACGUGUCGUUCAUCUACACAGCGUAGCCACGCAAACGAGAGCUGCUAGCCCUUCGAUGAUGGAGGGUCUAGAUCAAUCGCAGGCCAGUUUCCAAGUAUGGGACGACUCGAGCUCGGUGCGAUCCGCCACGCUGCCCAGGCGACACCGACGCCAAGCCAGCGGCGAUUCCUCUAGUUUAUUGGCCAACUCGACGCCCAGGAGUUCCAGACGACAUCGAUCACCGUGUUCGACACUCCCCAGAUCAAAGUGCUCCAGUUUAAGCAGAUGCACGUCCCGAGCCUCUGUACUGCCGCCGGCUAACAAUCAGGAGCCGUAUCAAAGUCGCAAUCAAACGCAAAAUGGCAAAAACUCGGCCAACUCGUCACCAAGCAGAAGUGGCGGUAGUUCCGGAUCCGUUGGGACAGCAAACGCCAGCCCGGCGAAAACGGCCACGCUAGGCAGAUCCAGCACCAGACAGCCGAAUUCCAGACGACCCAGUCACGAUUCCACCGGCAGUGGUACCAAGUCGAACGGAUCGCCUCAGCACAAGGUUCUACAAAAGACAUCGUCCGGCCACUCGUCCCACUCCAGUGGAAAAUCCAUCUCGAGCGGUAAACUCUCGUCGUCGCCGUUGAAAAUGUCAACGUUGCCAGCGAAAUCCUCCCCGCUGAAAGUGGUCCAACAAGGAUCGUUGACGCCGCUUCAAGAGGCACAGAACUCGAUAACCCUGCAGGUGUCGACGAAUUUAACACCGGUGAGCCCGUCGCAGGAGCAACGAGCGAUACAGAACAGCGUGACACUGGCCUCGAACGCGACCAGCACGACGACCAUCUCCGGGUCGCCUGGCACGAAGAUCUACGUGCAACAGAACAACUCUCCCAUGAGAUCGGUGAUCACGUUCGAAAACGGCACGGUGAAGACCAAAGUGGCCGAGAAGGAAAUGGACUGCAAGGAGAAACAGGAUCGGGAACUGAUCGGCGAGAAACUCUACAAGAGUUGCAAAAUAGACGAAGAGAAGCUGUUCAAGUCGAAGCUCGACGACGAGAAGCUGAACAAGUCGAGCAAGCUCGAACGUCCGUCCUCGCUCUAUGCUUCCAAAGAAUCGAAACCGAGCCUCCUCCUGUCGGAAUCUGACAAGGAGAACAAGCCGAAAGUCGACGAGGAAUUGCCCAACAAACUGAAGCUGACGAACCGCUUGAACAACAGCCAAGCCCACUUGAUAGACGGAUCGACCAACAACAUAGACAAAAACUCUUUGGUAAACGAGCAUCCGCCGACCACGUUAACCAGCAUGAAGAACACCAACGACGCGAUGAACAAUUCGAGGAAACUGAGCCUAUCCUUGUCGAAGGACGCUCUGAGCUACAGGAACCUUCUACGACCCGGUUCGAAGAACAACAUCGCGUCGAAUCCACCGUCGCCCAGCAAGUCGUUCGACGGUUUCGGUGGUUCGUUCAACAACGUCUACAUAGAGAACCUCGAGGCAUCGAAGCAGCAGAGAGCGCCGCAAGGUUCCGAGCCGAAUCUGGAGAAAACGGUCAGUCGAGGUGAUCUUUACUCGUACCCGAGCCUGAGCGACAUGCAAGUGCAAUUCACCAGCCUGGCGGCGCAAAAGAUCCUCAAGGGCUGCCCAAUUAACAGCGUCGACACGCUCGUUGAGGUCAACAUGGCGGCCGCGGAGAAGCCGAACAACUGCGACGUUACCGUUCACACCGACUUUGGACUCGUUUAAAGUUUUCUUCUUCGUCGAUCGUCAGGAAACCGGGCGUGGGUUUCCACGCGUUUCUUUUUUCUUUUUCUUCUUCUUUUUUUUUGUGUGUUUUGUUUCUUUUUUUUUUUUUUUCUUUUCUUUUCUUUUUCUUCGUACAGUGAAAGGUUGAACUUUAGCACGAUGAACUUCUCGGUAUCUCGUAUGCUUGCGCCGUGGUAGAAACGUUGAAUAGCAAACUGAAGAACGACGUACUGCUUAAGCAUAUAGAGAGAGUAUUGUUACAGUUACCAAUAAAUAAACGUUCGUUAUGUCCGUCACGCAUAGUAUAUGUACCGUACGAUCGCAUGUUAUCUCUUUGCUCGACAGUUUUUAUGAUCCGAUUAUAUCAUUCGCGUUAUCGCGAUCAUAGUCGAUUAUCAUUCCAUGAUUGGUGAUUCUCGAACAUUGUGCUUCCAUUUCAUCAUCUAUAUGCUUACGCGGCUGAACGUUCGAUGACGUUGUGUAAAAUAAAAGCCAGCCAUUCCACAGAGAAUAUUCGUUAGCUUGCUCCUAGUUGCUUGGAGCUCGGCACUCAUCAAUCCGGCGAACUAUAUUGUUGUUAUUAUUAUCCAGUGAUGACUUUAUUCGCUUGAUGUUUAAAUUACAAAACAAAAAAGAUGUCUGAAUGCUGCCUGUUGUCGUCGGUUACUUGAAGAAAAUGACUUGCUAAUAUUGCACUGUUCGUACCACAACAUCUUUUAUAACGAUAAUUAUUAAGAGACUCAUUAAGAGAGUGUUUAAAGUAAAUUCAUUCGAAACAAAAUUUUUAAUCGUCGUUUUUCGCUUGUAAAACAGUGCAUUAGAUUUCAUCGUGCCUCCAUUGUUUUUUUUCUGUUUCAACAGUUUUGUUUUAAUUUAACGUAGUACACGAAAUGAACUAUAAACGGGUACCAGAGCGUCGUAACGUUAGCAGUUUUGCAUCGCUUUACCGAGCUAAAGCGAUUUGCUAAAGCAAUACUUCACGUACGAUAGCCUGACAAUUUGCCUUACUUGAACGGGAAAGGAAGAGAGGGAAAGAGAAGAGAUGAUAAUAUUUUAUGCGAAUUCCAAAUACUGCCAAUUUCAUAGCGUCGAUUUAGGAUAGCGAUCAAUCUAUGAAACACUCGAGUCCUCAUGGAAGAUGUAAAGAAAACAACCGGUAAUUUAACGUGCACCAUUCGUUCAUUUCGAGCUAAUCGUCCAAUCACGCUGAACGAGAAUCAAUUAAUCGUUAGACGAUAUUUUGUUUCGGUCGAUAUGCCAAAGUAGAAGGGAAGUGUAGAGCAGUCAAUCUUCUUUUUUUUUUUAUAGAGUUUAGGACAUAGUUAUCGAUUACACGAAUGCAGUGAAUAUAUUACGACUAUAAUUAAAGCGUUAGCAACUAUAAAUCGUCGUUACAACAUAUUGUAACGAGAUUCCAUGAAAAUGGGUGAAAUUUUUCCAAAAUGAAAUUCUCGCGAAUAACAAUUAUAAUGUUAUAAAUUUUAUACCCUUCGUAAUACGUACUUCUGACCAAACUGUGUGGUGAAACGAUGAUUCGAAAAAAUAUUUCGGUCAGAAUCGUCGUUUAUAAAAGAAGAGAGAAAUAUAAAUUUAAAGAUGCAUACCGAAUGAAAUAAAUAAUAACGCGAGAUACAAAUGUCAACUGCCUACAACGUCACGAGAUUCUAAUGACGAAUACGUAUAACAAAAAAAAAAAAAAGAGAAAAGAAGAGGUGCAUUUCCCUAUUGAGAAAAUAAGCGGUACCAUUUAAUUAAUUAGUGCAAUGGUAAAUCUAAGUGCCAAAACAGUUAAUAGUACUUAAAUCGCCUUAAACCAUUUGCAGUGCGACGCCAGCGCGUACAAACGACGAAGUCGCGAUGUAAACGAGUUCUCUGUUAAACGUUCGAAUUAUAAUAUUAACCAUAAAAAACAAAAAAAAAAUGAUAUGUCAGACACGUAGUCGUAAGAUGGUAGAUAAAACUGGGCCCCGAUGAAUGGUGUCUGCUUUGUACAUUUCGUACGUUGUAUUACCGAUUAACCGAUAGUAAUUUCGAUACACCUCUAUGUCUUCCAGUUUUUGAGGAUAAUGGAAAGACAGCGAUCGUUUUACGCCCUUAUUUCUUAUCAAAACUAACUUGUAGAGUACUUGUGUAAUCUUGCUCUAUUCAUAAUUAUAACAACGAAAGCGUAUGAUAAUAAAGAAGGCAAUAAAAUAUA